AUGAGGAACAAAGGCUCGGGAUUCCUGAAGCAGAUCCUGGGCGCCCUCGCCGGCCUCACCAGGGCCAAGUCCCUCGCCCUCAAGAGCAAGACCAACGCCCUCAAGGCCCGCGUCCUCCUCCUCUCCCUCCUCCGCAACCGUCGGCUCGUGGUGGAGUCCAUCUCCCACAAGCUCCACGGCCUCCUCGGCCCGCGCGAGCCCGGUCGCCGCGGCGGCGACGAGGGGGAGGACGGCGGGGAGUCGGCGGCGGUCGUCGUCUACGCCCACGGCAUGGCCCGCGGCGAGCUGGUCAGGUGCGGAGCGGCCGGAGAUGAGGAGGCGGCGAAGUAUCCGGAUCAUCCGAGGCAGUCGAUGUUCGAGCUGGAGGACUUCGAGGACCCCGGGGGGUCGGUGAUCGACCUGGUGAAGAACUCGAAGCAGGAGGGGGAGGACUUCGUGCUGGAGGACGAGAUCGACCGGGUGGCCGACCUGUUCAUCCGGCGGUUCCACCGGCAGAUCAGGAUGCAGAAGCAGCUCUCCCUGAAGCGGUUCAACGAGGCGCUCGACCGGAGCCCGCGGUGA